AUGACGAUCAAGGCGGAAACCGAUGCUCCCGUAUAUGUCGCCCAACAGCCAACCCUUCAGCUUUCUACUCCGCCCGCUACGCAACCUGGCGUCAACGAUAACGUGUGGGGCGCCCUGAUCCCAAAGAGCAAGGGAUUGGCCGGUUACGAGUUUCAUAAAGCACGCGGCCAACACACGUACCUCAUCGGCUCCAGGUCUCGCGGCGGCGGCGAAAUCGGCGAGCCCGUUGACAUCGUUCUCCCCAAUACAGGUAUCAGCAGCCUAGACUGCCGCAUACAGUGGGACGGGGGGUCAGCCGCGUGGAUAGUCGACUUUUCGGACAACGGCGCCGGUGUGUUUAAGAACGACUCCCGGCUCAAGCAUGGAGAAUAUAACUUCCUGCGCAGCGGUGACGAGAUUGCAUUCGGUGUUGACACGACAAGUGGCCAUAGCGGCGAAGACCAUGUCCAUCGCUUCCGCUUCGUUUACUACAACAGACUACCCGACCCUCCCGCCAGCGGCGUUGAGAAGCACUACGACUUCAUUUACGUAUUGGGCAAGGGAGCGUAUGCGACCAUUUACAAGGCCUCCAGCAGGGAGAAUGCCCGGUGGUACGCAGUGAAGGUCAUCGACAUACAGCAGCUAAGUUUGUCACCUGAUUGGGUGAAGGAUCUCGCCAACGGGCCGCCAACCGAUCCCGAUGUGAAGAAGCUUUUGAAAGAAGUCACGAUACUCGAACGACUACACCACAAAAAUAUAUGUCAACUCAAGGAGUGUUUCGUCGAGCGCCAUAGAAUCAGCCUCGUUAUGGAGCUAGUGGAGGGUGGCGAUCUGUGGACACACCUCAAGGCGAAAGGGAGAGCGAUGACGGAGAGCGAGACGGGUCAAAUUAUCUAUCAGAUCUGCGACGCGCUAGCGUACAUCCACACACACAACAUAGCACACCGUGAUUUGAAGCUCGAAAAUGUGCUUUUGACAUUGGACAACCCACCGGUCGUGCAGGUUGCAGACUUUGGCCUUGCGAAGGCCCUCAGCACCUUGUCAGACUUGCGUACCUUUUGCGGCACACUCGCAUAUAUCGCGCCGGAGGUUGCCAUGAAGGACAAUGAUAGAUAUACGGUGGUGGCGGACAGCUGGAGCCUGGGCAUCAUGGCAUUCAACAUGCUUACUUUCGAGUCGCGUCCUUAUAUGAAAGGAGUUACCGAUGCGGAUCGCCAGAUCCAGGUCACCACUCGCCAAGUGAACUGGGAACUCCUAAAGAAGCAUGGACUCAGCAAACAGUGCGAGCGCUUUCUUCGCGGCCUUCUGGAGUACGAUCCUCUGCGGCGGACGACUAUGGCGGCUGCCCUUCGUGACCCUUGGCUACGUGCGCAUGCGCCCAAGGCGCCCAGCUCCCCGAGGGAGAAUCCUUUGCCCGCAUCACUAUCCGCCGAGGUUCCGGCUCCGGCGCACACUCCCGCAGGGCGACAGCUCGUCCACGACAUUAUCCCCCCUUCAGAACCUCAGCCCACAAGGCGGGCCCGGCGACGGACGACAAGCGGGGUCACGGCCAAGGAGGCGGAGCAACAGUCAUCGGACACGCAUACGGGCGUCGCUGUCGUCGACGACGCCCGGGUGAAGGGCACGGGCCGAGCGCGCAAACGCAAGGUCCAAGACCGGUCCGACGCGUCUCUAAGUCUCGCAAUCAAGUUGGAAAUGUCGAAGGACAUCGAUAUCGUCGCGGCUGGCGCGGCGGCCGCAGCCAUGGAGCCCGCAAAAUCUAGUGGUAAGGGGAAGCGUACGGCGGCUCGGGCUCCGGCGAAGAAGAAAGUCCACACUGGCGGCGCCCGGAUGACUAUGCCUGCUGCGGACGACUCGGACGAAGUGCCGGGACUGGUGCUGCCUCGCCGUUCGCCUCGACUAAACUCGCCUCGGCUUUGAAAUCCCUCGAAGAUCUCAAGCUAUCGCGAAGUCUAUCGCCUGUUUAUUCGCACCACUCCUCGGCAGACGGCGUGUACCUCAAGGUUGAUAGCACUACUUUACUUUCAUCAAAUCUUGUACUUUUACUUUCAUCGUCGCAUCGCAUCCUAAAUGC